ACCAAGUGCCUUGUGAACCAGUUCAACGAAUUGGAGAAACAGUAUUGGAAAUUUCGUUUCUCCUACUCCCACUUUCCAGAUCUUUCUUUAAUCCAACUCCCCACUAUAUAUACUCCUGUUUCUGCAACUUCUUUUCUUCGUACUCAACAACACAUUUCUUACAUAAAAAAUAAAUAAAUCAAUCAACAAAGCACUACUUUCUUAAUUUUCUUUUGUUAUUUGUGGACUAGUAAUUUGCAAGUUUGAAGCAAUAAAUACACCAACGACGAUGAUGAUGUCAAUUUUCAGUUCCUUUGAUGCCCUCUCUGCUGAACUUUUUGGGCAGAAAUUGAGUUUUUCUAAGGCAUCUAGUACUGAGACAAAACAACAACAAGGGAUUGGGACUCUUGUAUCAGAUCACAAAGCCGUUGCUUCUCCGCUGUCUACUUCUUCGACUGGUGUUCUGAAGAAGGCCGGAGAGGCAACGCCGCCGUCAUCUUCGCGGCAACAGCAGCAAAAGAGGCAGAGGUUUGCACUGGAAUUCGACGGCGUCCACUGUUUCGAAACUAUCGUUCCCUAUUGAUUUUUUGUAUUUUUACUAAAAUUUCGAGAUUGAAAAUUCAUUUAUUCUUCUCUAGUCAUGAUUGUUAUGCCCUAUUUUUAAUCGAGGUUAGAUAAAGCACAACACCUUGAUACUAAACCAGAUCGAGCCCGGGAUGCGAUCCCGUUCCAUCAAUGCUAUGAACUCUGAAAAAAGAUUGAUUAUUGUAUAGAGUCGCCACCUAAUUUAUUAAGGAAAAUAAGGAAAACCUAUUUGAUGCAUGA